UUCUGUUUGUUCGCUCGACCCACUUAGAAGCUCGCUCGGUCGAGCUAGCUGGCCGAGCGACCUUCAAUAUGCUUUCUGUCAUUUUCUACUCGAGCAAAGCCUCUUCAAAACCUUUUGCACUUCUUAUUAAACAUCAUUAAAACCCAUAACUCUCAUGAUUACUUCAACAAAUAAAUCACACUUAAACACCACAAUCAUUAAAUUACUCACUUAAAGCACCCAUUAACUUACUCCAUAGGAUUCUAUCCCAUGAGUUCACACAUAAAUACACACAUUAAUUAUGCAUUUAAGUCGCACCAUAAAUCUCAACAGGUGAGAAUUUGUAUUUUAUAAUGGAGACUUGCAGUACUUUGGGCGAAAAUUUGCACCAGAAACAAUCUUCUCGAGCAUCAAUUGGCAAUGGAAACAUGGAAUGAACACAUGAAAGAUAAAGCAGAUUGUAGGCAGCAGCCAAGAAGCAAAUUAUACAGUAAUUUGUAAGCAAAUUAAUUAAGAGGGGCGGACCUCUUUCAGAAUAUAACUGUGGGAAAGAUGAACAUUGAUUGUGGAGUUGAUAUCAAACAAAUCUGAUGAACUAGAUUACAGCUGAUGCAUCAGUUGAUCAGAGAUAGCCGCAUUGAAAGGUUGGUAGUUGGCACAGUUUGGUGAAUGUUUGAUGUAGAUAGAUACUACCCUGUAAUGCGUUCUGGUGGAGCCAGAGACUAAUUGUUAAAGUAUAUUACAAAUUAAAAUAAUUUGCGAAUUAAAACCUUAGAAUUUAGCAAUUUUAUAAAUUACAACUUAAAUAUUUAUUUUUUACGAAUUACGGGCACCAAAGUAUUAAACCACAAAAUUCCGACCAUUUUGGUAUUUGGAAUUUUAGGUUAAGUGAACGGAGUUCUGUGUUUUAGGCUUGAACCUGUAAACUGUUGAGCGACAGCGAAAGCAAGAAUCGAUAAACAAUAAUGAAACAAUAAAGAAAUUCAAUCAAAAACAAUAAGAAAAUGACACAAGAAAUUUAACGUGGUUCACUAUCGAUGUGGUCCACCGGCACCGAAAUCAAAUAAUUUCACUAUGAUCGCAAAGAAUUUACAAGAUGAAUUCAAUCACACUCACAAAUAAUAAUGACUCUCUUGUGAUCUCUCUCAAUUUGUGAAUCAUUAUGCCCUAACACUAAAAUGGGAGUUUAUAUACUUAUCCCAAUAAAAGGAAGUUACUACAUAAUAAACACAUAGUAACCAGCCCGAAAAACUGCUCCCGUGAAAAGAAAUUGCCAUUUCGCGAGCCGCGUACAACUACGCGAGCCGCGAAAUGAAGACAGAACGCACUCCGCACCCCGCGCACCGAGGCAGCAACUACUCUGCGCCCCACGGACCCACCUGCAGCUCCUCCAUGACUCUUCUCUUGAUUCAUCUUCUUUGCCAUUCAAUGGUGCUACUAGUUGGAGUCACCAUACUCAACAUAAACUUUGAUACUUUGGUGACAGUAAUUCGUAAAAAAUAAAUAUUGAUACUGAAAUUCACAAAAGUGUUAAACUUUAAGGUUAUAAUUCGUAAAUUAUUCAAUAAAUUAUGAGCCUACAAAUAUUGGGCUCAAGUAUAUUUUAUUACGAGAUAUAAUUAUCUAACUUAAGUUGUUUGUUGAGUGAGGAUACUUGGACACAAAUCUUAAACUGUUGCCAAAUUGGGCAGCUAACUUAUACACAUCGUUUGCGGUCACUUGGGGGCUGACAGUGGUCAGCCCUUGCAAUCUACGUUUGCGCUCUACUUUUGUAUUUAUUUGCAGUUUUUUCUUUUCUAAUACUUUGUCCAUGAUUUUUAGAUUAAGAAAUGGCUAAGUUCUUCCUAAAAAGUUAAUUUUUCCUAAUUUCAGCACACUUGAUUAAUGUCCUGUAUUGGCUGAUGUAGGUGCUCAUGAGAUCCUUAUGGAAACUUUAUGCUUCAGGUUAUUUUGUUGAUCGCUGUCUUAUUGAAUUUGUUACGUUAGGAAUUAUUAUUUAAAAAUUUUAGCUCAUGUCAAAUUAUAAAAGGGAAAUUUCACGUGGUAAUCCUGAGGUUUUGGAUUUUUUACGUGGUAACCAAAACUUUUAAAAAAUCCACGCGGUAAUCUUGAGGUUUACGUAAUUGUUCCAUCGUGACCUUUUUUCACAUAAAAACAUUAGCCAAUAUUGAUUUCAAAGCUUUAAAGCUGUUGUACGCCUAUUUAUGCGACUCGCCAUUUCAAAUGUCAUCAGUUUUAACCUUUUUUCUCAAAACAUAAACCCCAACUCUACCAUCUUUCAUCCAAAUCAUAUUUUUUUCCCCCAAAUCCAAAGAUGGUAGAGUUAGGGUUUAUAUUUUGGGGGAAAAAGUUGAAACUGAUGGCAUUUGAAAUGGUGAGUCGCAUAAAUAGGCUUACAACAGCCUUAAAGCUUCAAAAUUAACGUUUGCUAACGUUUUCCUAAUGUUUUAUGUGCGAAAAGGUCACAGUGGAACAAUUUGGUAAACCUCAGGGUUACCGCGUGAAUUUUUUAAAAGUUUUGAUUACCACGUGGAAAACCCAAAACCUCAUGAUUACCUCGUAGAAUUUCCCAUUAUAAAAUAUGGGUCUCUUUCAGACUUGUUUUAUCAAUAUUUCAUCAUAAUUUAGAGGGUGUUUGGUAUAUGGUGUUUUUGUUGACUUAUAACUUUUUGUAUUUUAGUCGGGAAGAAAGCAGAAUACAAUUUUUGAUAAAUGCCUUCCAAAACAAAAGGCUAUUUAUAUUAGUUUUUUUAUUGACUUUUGACCACUUUACUCUCUAAUUAAUGGCUAUUUGGCUAACAACUAACAGCUUUUUUUGCAAACAUCUCCAAAAUAACUGGAUUAAAAAGAACAACUAGUAAAUUAUUCAAUACUUCCAUCUGGUCAAAUCAACUAAUAGGUCCAGAUAAUGAUUUCAACCAACAACCAUUUAUCAAACAAACAUUCUAGCCUAUCCUUAAAGUCGGCCUUAAGUGAUACAGCCGUGAGUAUUACUCAUAGUUGGAUAUAUCUGUAAUAUCAAGUAUAACCAACCAUCAAAAUUUAAUGCUCUCCCUCUUUUAUACUCCAUGUACUGUAUACAGUAUAUAUGUUUUCCUCCCAGUUAGUUAUGCUUCUCAUUAAAAAAAUAGCAUGAAAUUAUUGAGACUGACUUCAUGCUGUUGCAAAGUUAGCAUCACCUGUGGAUCAGAUAGCAUUUCCAAGGAUAUCAUAUCAUGGCAUCCUUUUGUUGGUCAACUUAUUUGCAAAUAUAAAUAUACAAACCUGGGAAUUUUUUUAUUCAGGACUAAAUGAAAAACUGAUUGAUAUUUAAUUUUACCCACCUUUCAUAUUUAUGAAAACUUUCUUAACUAAUAAUUCUGUUCAAAUAUCAUGGUAUUGUUAUAAUGCAAGCAUUUAAUCAGUAAUAUAGCUUGUGAAAUUAGGAUACGAAAAUAAAUACUGACAGGUUCAAGAAAUGGAACUAAAAGGCAGCCCGGUGCACAAAGUAUGCUCGCAGAACGAAGAUAUAGAGAAGGAUCCCACCAUAUAGGUGUAAUGUAGGUGCUGCUCCUGAAGCUCCUCCCCAAGCAUAUGUUUAUGCACUUUGCCCAGACAUGACUAUCGUUUCUUCAAACAGCAUUUAUCAGCACAAUAUCAACAAAGUUCUCUCUUACCUCGCUUCAAACUCGAGCAACACGAAUCGUUUCUACAACACGAGUGUUGGCAUUGGAGGUGACAAGGUUUAUGGCCUCUUCUUCUGCCGUCUUGAUGUUACUGAUACUGCCUGUAACAAGUGUGUUUCAUUAGCCACCAACACGCUUGGCACUCGUUGUCCUGGAAAGAAAGACUCAACAGUAUGGUACUUUGAUCAAUGUGCUGUUCAUUACUCUAACAGAUCUUUUCUUGGUACUAUGCAUCCUGCUCCUAUGAUACCAAUGUGGAACAGAGAAAAUUCUCAUGAUAUUUGGUCUGUUACAAGUAAUAUGAGUAGUUUUAUGAAAGUGGUACUCGAUACUAUGUGGAAUGCUACAAUUAAUGCUACAAGUGGUAGAAUAGAGAGGAAAUUUGCAACAAAAGAAGCUAGAUUUGUAGGUAAUUUGACUAGUUUGAACACAGUUUAUACUCUUGUUGAGUGCACACCUGAUAUAUCUUUAAGUGAUUGCAGAAGUUGUCUUAAGAUGGUUAUUGGGAAUACUACUGAGCUUUGUAAUGUCAAGGCUGGCUGUACUUUGAUGUGUCCUAAUUGUAAUAUGAGGUAUGAUAUAUAUCCUUUUUAUGGAGAUGCUGCUGGACGAGCUGUAUUUGAUCCUUUCAAAGAAACCCAAGGAAAAGUUUCAAAAAAGAAGGCAGUAUUGAUAGGCACAAUUACCUCAGCAGUUCUAGUGUUGACUAUACUAAUAGGAGUUCUGAUAUUCAUAUACAAGAGAAAGGCUAUAGAAGCACAAGCUGAUUUAAAUGAUAUUAAAGUUGUGGAGUCCCUGAAAUUUGACAUUGGCGUGAUACGAACUGCAACCAAUAAUUUUUCAGAAGAUAGAAAGCUGGGAGAAGGUGGUUUUGGUGAAGUCUACAGGGGAAACCUUGAAAAUGGAGAAGAGGUGGCUGUAAAGAGGCUAUCAAGAUUCUCUAGGCAAGGCAUUUCUGAGUUUAAGACAGAAGCUCUACUAGUUGCUGAACUCCAACACAAAAACUUAGUAAAACUCCUUGGAUUUUGCCUUGCUACACAUGAGACACUACUUGUGUAUGAGUACUUACCAAAUUCUAGCCUUGACAAAUUUCUAAAUGAUUCUAAAAAGUCGGCAUCUUUAGAUUGGAAAACAAGAAGUAAGAUUAUAUGUGGUAUUGCAAGAGGGCUACUAUAUCUUCAUGAGGAUUCGCGGCUCAAGAUCAUACACCGGGACCUUAAAGCUAGUAAUAUCCUGCUUGAUAAAGAUAUGAAUCCAAAAAUCUCCGAUUUUGGAAUGGCAAGACUUUUUAAGGCAGACGAAACCCAAAAAAAUACUAGUAGGAUUGCUGGAACUUUUGGGUAUAUGGCACCAGAGUACGUGAUUGCAGGUCAUUAUUCAGUGAAGUCAGAUGUUUAUAGUUUCGGAAUCUUGAUUCUGGAGAUUGUAAGUGGCCAAUUGAACAAUUUUUUUAGACUAGACGGAAAUGAAGAAUCUCUACUCGAUCGUGCUUGGAAGCUAUGGGAGGAGGGUGUGGCCAUGAACUUAGUAGACUCAAGAAUGGAAGAUGAUAUAUCAUUAGAAGAAGCAGAAAAGUGCAUCCACUUAGCAUUAUUGUGCAUCCAAGAAGACGCUUCGAAAAGGCCUAGAAUGGCAACUGUCGUAGCAGCACUAAGUGGUGAUUCUGUCAUACUGCCACCUCCGACAGCACCUCAUUUCUUCGUUGGAGGCUCAUAUUCGGAAUUGGAUGAAUGCUCUAGGCUCGAUCUGUCUGCGACCGGUUUUACUAGGACAUCAAGCAUUAGCGAUAUGGGUCCUCGGUAGUCUUUAGAUGUUACAAACUCUAAGACAUGAAUGACAUAUCACUCUGACCUUUCAUUUUGCUACGUUGUCAUUUAAAAGUUGUAACGAUAAUGUAUCAAGAUAAGCUAGACGAAGUAGUACAUCAUAUAUAGUUAUAAACUGAAUGAACCUUGUGUAUGAACCCUAAAGUUGCAAGAAAGGGUACAAAAGAUGAGCUUACCAAAACAUUAUAGAGGAUCAUAGUUGCUAUUGUGAGAUUUAACUGAUUUUACACACUAGACCUUUUUUUUUUUUUUUAAUAUUGUAAUAUGAUCUAUAUUGUUUGUAAUAACUAAUUGGUAACUGACAGAUAUAGAAGGUUAAAUUUUGU